AUGGAAGAUUGGGAAGAAGCCCAUGAAGCUGUGAAGGCUGACAUUAACGAGCUAAAGGAUCAAGUGGGCCAAAUCCUAGAGGUUUUGAAGUCACUGAAGGCUUCAGGGGAGGCCUCAUCCGCUAGGGUCGAGGAGAAUGCUCAUUCUUAUGGUACGCCUCUAGGCGCGUCAGUCCCGUUCCCAAUGUACGGCUUGCCUCCGGGAUACACUCCUCUAGUUGGAGAAUAUUCAGAUGCAGAACAAACUUCUUUCUCUUUUCCUGCAGCUAACAACACACUAUCGAACGGUACCCAAGGGCCGAUGUUAGCUUCGACACCCGUGACAGGAGCGGAGAUGAAUGAGACAGUCACAUUCACAGGACCGAGGAUGACUGUGGCGCCCCAGCCUCCGAAAACAUUCAUCGAUGCAGAUGCUGCGACUAAAGCUGCACCACACGCUACAGUCCAAGCAAUAUCCACUGUUGUUGAUGGGGCUAAGAGUAAGCUUGAAAUUCUUGAGGAAAGGAUUCGUGCCAUUGAGGGUGGUGGAAGCUAUGGGUUCGGUGAUGUGGCGAGAUUAAGCCUGGUUCCUGGUGUGAUGAUACCACACAAGUUUAAGGUCCCAGAAUUUGAAAAGUAUCACGGCACCACAUGCCCUAAAAGCCAUCUGACAAUGUACAGUAGAAAGAUGGCUGCUUAUGCCUAUGAUGAAAAAUUGCUAAUACAUUGUUUCCAAGAUAGUUUGGCUGGGGUAGCAUUGAAUUGGUAUACACACUUGGAGCCAUCUCGAAUUCAUUCCUGGAUGGAUUUGGCCGAUGCCUUUGUGAAACAGUAUAAAUACAACAUGGAUAGUGCGCCAGAUAGAUUGCAAUUGCAAAACAUGGCCAAGAAGGAUACUGAGUCCUUCAAGGAAUAUGCACAACGGUGGAGAGAGUUGGCUGCUCAGGUUGAGCCACCUCUACUUGAUAAGGAGAUGGUGGCGACGUUUGUAAACACGCUGCAAUCACCAUUUUAUGAGCAUGUAUUGGGGAAUGUGUCUUCCAAUUUCGCUGAUAUCAUCAUCAUAGGGGAAAGAAUAGAAAUCGGGUUAAAAAGCGGAAAGAUUGCAUAUGGCCCAUUCGCGGCUGCAACUCCUAAGAAACCUAAUUUUAUUCCCGGAAAGAAGAAAGAAGCAGAAGUACAAGCGGCCUCAGUGAUGCCUGUGUGGGAAAGUCGGGCUCCUACGAUUAAUUAUCGACCACACUUGAACCAACCUCCUUAUGUGGCCAAUGCAAUGUCUGUUCAUCAAACACGACCUCAGCAACAAGGGUUUUAUCAACCGUCGAAUCUUUAUCAACCACAACGUGCUCCAAACAGUGCUUGGAAAACCGAACCUAACUCGAAUUUCAACAGAAACGCGGAACAAAACGCUAAUCUAGGGAGGAAUCAAGAGAGGAACUUCGUUCAUUUCACUCCUAUUCCUAUGUCAUAUACGGAAUUGUUGCCUCAUCUCCUCCAAAAGCGUUUGGUGGCCAUUUGUCCGAUGAAGCCUGUGCAACCUCCGUUCCCCAAGAAUUAUGAUCCAAAUGCCAAAUGUGAUUAUCACGGAGGGGGAGUUGGUCACUCUAUUGAGAAUUGUGUGUCCUUUAAACACAAGGUGGAAGCUUUAAUCAACUCAGGAUGGAUAAAGUUCCAUGAAGACAAACCUAGUGUUGAGGCUAAUCCCCUUUCUGGUCUUGGGAACCCUUCGACAAAUGCCAUUGAGGUUAAGAAACACCGACUGGUGAGGGAUGUGAAUGAAAUUCGAAGCUCCAAGCGGUUUGUUUUUGAGACACUAUUAAAAUUGGGUUUGUUAAAAGGAGAAUAUAACCUGAGUAAAAAGUGUGGAUUCCAUCUGAGUGCUAAACAUUCUAUCGAUGAAUGCACAGAGUUCGAGGAUGUUCUACAAAAUCUUAUAGACAGAAACUUUGUGCAAGUAUGUCACGGACACAUGGAGGAUGAAGUAUUUGCACAAGAUGGUGCGGAACCCGGUGUGACUUUGCCAGAGCCAUUGGUGAUUCAUUUCACUAGAUCCACCUCUACCCCGACAAUUCAAGAAAGACAAUCUAUUAUUAUCCAAACACCCUCCCCAUUUCCCUACAAAAGUGAGAAAGCUGUUGUAACAUCCCUGGCGUACCACGCCCAGAGCAUGGAUGUUACAGCUGUCCCAUGGAAAUAUGGUGCAUACGUGUUAGGUGAGGAACAACGGGUAGGUGGUCAACCUAGCAGUGGUGAGUCAGUGGUGGAAAAUAUAUCAGGCAUCGGUGGAAUUACGAGAAGUGGUCGAAUCUUUACGCCUCCAAACUUGAUGAAAGAUGGAGUUGGCAAUAAUGAAUCGGCGAAUACCAAAAAGGCUAAGGAACUCUUGAAAGGGAAAACCAUCCAAACCGACGAGGGUCUAAGAAAAGAUGAUGGGAAAGAAGUAUCUGAUGAGGAGGCUUGCGAGUUCUUGAAGUUCAUACAACAAAGCGAGUAUAAAGUGGUCGAACAGUUGAAUCGCCUGCCUGCUCGAAUCUCACUUUUAGAACUACUCAUGCAUUCAACCUCUCAUAGAAAGUUGUUAAUGAAGAUACUCAACGGAGCGCAUGUGGAGCAAAAUAUUUCUCUGGACAGUUUUAAGGGAAUUGUUAACAAUAUCACUGCUAAUAAUUACCUCACGUUUACCGAUGAAGAGAUACCUACUGAAGGGAGGGGACACAACAAGGCCCUCCAUGUCUCUGUAAAAUGCUUGGAUCAUGUCAUAGCACGUGUAUUGAUCGACAAUGGAUCUUCCCUGAAUGUAAUGCCAAAAACAACGUUGGGAAAGCUACCGUGUGAAGGUAUUCACAUGAAACCAAGUGCAAUGAUAGUGAGAGCUUUCGAUGGGAGUAAAAGAGAAGUAAUGGGAGAGGUAGAAUUGCCGAUCCAAAUAGGGCCAUGUGUCUUUCAAAUAACUUUCCAAGUGAUGGACAUCCUUCUAGCAUACAGUUGCUUGUUGGGUCGUCCAUGGAUUCACUCAGCGGGCGUAGUACCUUCAACCUUGCACCAAAAGUUAAAAUAUGUCAUGGGUGACAAAUUAGUGAUUGUUUCAGCGGAGGAAGAUAUUUUAGUAAGUGGGCCUUCAUCUUCUCGCUAUAUUGAAGCAGCAGAGGAAGCCCUUGAGACAGCCUUCCAAUCUUUGGAAAUUGUGGGAAAUGCCUAUGUGGAGCCCUUUCCAAUGAACCCACACUUGUCGCGUACUUCCCUUAUGACGGCCAAGGUCAUGUUGAAAGAGGGAUAUGAGUACGGAAAGGGGCUAGGCAAGUACGAGCAAGGAUUGAUGUAUCCUUUAGAAGUCACCGAGAAAAAGAAUAAAUACGGCCUUGGAUACAAGCCUACUAGAGAGGAUAAGAGGAGGCUGGCGGAAGAAAGGAGAGAGCGCGGUGUGGCUCGAAUCCAAGGAAAAGGACUAGGGUUAGGAAAGAUUCGCAUCUGUGACAUCAGAGAUAGCUUCCGCAGCGCGGGAUGGAUCAACACUAGUCAGAUAGCAGCUGUCAGAGAUGAAGAUGAACCUGAAAGCUUGGUUUUUGUGCAGCCUUGUGCUCCAAAUGCGCUACUCAACAAUUGGGAGACUUUGGAUCUACCCGUGAUGUUUAAUUUGGUUAAAAUAUAUGAUAAUGAAUGUUUUGAAAAUAACAAUGUCGAUAUCCCUAACUUCGAGCACCCUGUCAAUAAUAUGGAAGAUGAUUAUGAAGGUGACUCCGAACCCUCCCCUGAACUAAUGAGAUUAGUGGAACAAGAAUCUAGGGAAAUAAAACCCCAUCAAGAAGAUGUUGAAGUGCUUGACCUAAGUGAGGGGGAUGAAAAGAAAGAAGUGAAAAUUGGCACGAGUAUGAAGAAAGAAGUGAAAGAAGAAUUGUGUGUGCUGCUAAAGGAGUUUAGGGAUGUGUUCGCUUGGUCGUACAAUGAUAUGCCUGGUUUAGAUACUGAUAUAGUACAACAUAAGCUUCCACUCAAACCGGAAUGCCCUCCAGUCAGACAAAAGCUAAGAAGGAUGAAACCAGAAAUGUCAUUAAAGAUUAAAGAAGAAGUGCAAAAGCAAUUUGACGCUGGAUUUCUAGCUGUGGCAAAAUACCCUCAAUGGGUGGCAAAUAUUGUACCCGUGCCCAAGAAGGAUGGGAAGGUUCGGAUGUGCGUUGACUAUAGAGAUUUGAACCGGGCGAGCCCAAAAGACAACUUCCCAUUACCGCACAUCGAUACAUUAGUGGAUAAUACAGCCAAGUUCUCGUUAUUUUCGUUUAUGGAUGGCUUCUCGGGAUAUAAUCAGAUUAAGAUGGCACCUGAAGAUAUGGAAAAGACCACGUUUAUCACAUUGUGGGGGACAUUUUGCUAUAAGGUGAUGUCUUUCGGGCUUAAGAAUGCUGGGGCCACCUAUCAAAGGGCCAUGGUGGCACUUUUUCAUGAUAUGAUGCACAAAGAAAUCGAGGUUUAUGUAGAUGACAUGAUCGCCAAGUCUGAGUCAGAAGAAGAACACAUCCUCAACCUAAGGAAAUUAUUUGAGAGAUUGAGGAAAUUUAAACUUAAACUAAACCCAGCAAAAUGCACAUUCGGUGUGAGAUGUGGAAAGUUGUUGGGUUUUGUUGUCAGUCAAAAGGGGAUAGAAGUCGAUCCCGACAAGAUGCGUGCGAUAAUCGAAAUGUCUGCUCCCAGUACAGAAAAGGAGGUACGGGGUUUCUUGGGCAGACUAAACUACAUUGCUAGGUUCAUCUCCCAGUUAACCGCCACUUGUGAACCAAUAUUCAAGCUAUUGCGUAAAAACUAGGUUGUUGAGUGGAAUGAAGACUGUCAGACUGCUUUUGAUAAAAUCAAACAAUAUCUACAAGAUCCUCCUGUGUUACGCCCGCCCGAACCGGGGAAGCCACUCCUUAUGUAUUUGACGGUACUUGAUGAGUCAAUGGGUUGUGUGUUGGGUCAACAUGACAAAACUGGAAAAAGAGAGCGUGCCAUAUACUACCUGAGCAAGAAGUUCACGGAAUGUGAACAGCGAUACUCGUUUUUAGAGCGAACUUGUUGCGCAUUGGCAUGGGCUGCCCAUCGUCUAAGACAAUACAUGUUGAGUCAUUCUACCUGGUUGAUAUCCAAGACUGACCCUAUCAAGUAUAUUUUUGAAAAGCCCGCUCUCACUGGAAGGAUAGCCCGGUGGCAAAUGCUAUUGUCAGAAUACGACAUUGUGUAUGUCACUCAGAAGUCCAUCAAGGGUAGUGCUUUGGCUGAAUAUCUGGCCCAACAACCCGUUAACGAUUACCAGUCGAUGCAACCCGAAUUUCCGGAUGAGGACAUCAUGACCUUGUUUGAAGAUGACCAAGAAGAUGAGAACAUAAAGAGAUGGACGUUAUUAUUCGACGGGGCUUCUAACGUCAUGGGACAUGGUAUAGGGGCAAUACUAAUAUCUCCAGAAAACCAAUACAUUCCAAUGACAGCAAGGUUGUGUUUUAAUUGCACAAACAAUAUCGCUGAAUACGAAGCAUGCGCUAUGGGCAUCCAAGUCGCGAUUGAGUCAAAGGCAAAAUUUUUGAAUGUAUAUGGAGAUUCAGCGUUGGUUAUCCAUCAACUAAGGGGAGAAUGGGAAACUAGGGAUCAGAAGUUGAUUCCCUACAAAACUUAUAUCAUGGAAUUGGUGGAGUAUUUUGAUUUCAUUAAAUUCCACCAUAUUCCGCGAGAGGAUAACCAAUUGGCAGAUGCCUUAGCUACUUUAUCAUCGAUGUUCAAGAUUAAUCAGGAUGGGGUAAUGCCGAUGAUCCAAAUGAAGAGCCAUGAAGGGCCAGCAUAUUGCCAUUUUAUUGAAGAAGAGUUAGACGGUAAGCCGUGGUAUUUUGAUAUUAAACGCUAUAUAAAAACCAGAGAAUACCCUGAAGAAGCAUCUGAGAAUGAUAAAAGGACACUGAGAAGGUUGGCUGCAAAUUUUAUCCUGAGUGGGGAUGUGUUGUACAAGAGAAAUCAUGAUAUGGUUCUCCUUCGAUGCGUAGAUGCAAAAGAGGCCGAGUCAAUAUUGGAGGAAGUUCAUGAAGGAACUUUUGGCACACACAUGAAUGGACACUCGAUGGCUAGAAAGAUCUUGAGGGCUGGUUACUUUUGGUUGACUAUGGAGAAUGAUUGUUGCACACACGUGAGAAAGUGCGAGAAAUGUCAGAAGUAUGCCGAUAAUAUCAAUGCGACACCCACUACUUUAAACUUAAUGUCUGCCCCAUGGCCAUUUUCAAUGUGGGGGAUAGAUGUCAUCGGGGCUAUAGAGCCAAAAGCCUCAAACGGACAUCGCUUCAUUCUAGUUGCAAUUGAUUAUUUCACUAAAUGGGUGGAAGCUGCUUCCUACGCUAGUGUGACUAGGAAGGUUGUGACUAAAUUUAUAAAAAGAGAGUUAAUUUGUAGGUACGGGUUGCCUAGCAAGAUAAUCACUGAUAAUGCCACCAAUCUGAACAAUCAAAUGAUGGCCGAAUUGUGUGAAGGAUUUAAAAUUCAGCAUCAUAAUUCUUCUCCUUAUCGUCCAAAGAUGAAUGGGGCAGUCGAGGCUGCUAAUAAGAAUAUCAAGAAGAUUGUACAGAAAAUGGUGGUCACGUAUAAAGACUGGCAUGAGAUGCUUCCCUUUGCUUUGCAUGGGUAUCGCACCUCAGUACGUACAUCAACUGGGGCAACACCUUUUUCUCUGGUGUACGGAAUGGAGGCAGUACUACCCUUCGAGGUAGAAAUCCCAUCCCUACGAGUGUUAAUGGAGACCCAGUUGGAAGAUGCAGAAUGGGUUCAGGCCCGAUUUGACCAGCUUAAUCUCAUUGAGGAAAAAAGGCUAGCAGCAGUGUGUCAUGGACAGUUAUACCAAAGAAGGAUGAAAAAGGCAUUCGACAAGAGGGUGCGCCCUAGAGAGUUCCAUGAAGGCGAGCUAGUCUUGAAAAAGAUCUUACCUAUACAAAAGGAUCAUAGGGGCAAGUGGACUCCAAAUUAUGAAGGCCCGUAUGUGGUGAAGAAAGCAUUUUCUGGUGGGGCACUAAUUCUCAUAAGGAUGGAUGGAGAGGAGUUACUGUUACCGGUCAAUUCUGAUGCGGUCAAAAAGUUUUAUACAUGA